AAGAACAGGGCAUGGAAAUGAGGGUUAUUGAAGAAGUCCAAAACCAGGAAGAGGCAGAGAGCGAUGACAGUGAUAGAUGUUCAGAAGAAGAGCAGAGUGGACUUGAGCAACAUGCAGAACCCGCCGACCAGCUGGAAGGUGAAACUGAAGGACAAGGAGAAGCAAAAGAAGAUCACAAACAGCCUGAACAAAUGGAAGGUGAAUCUGAACAAGGAGGACAAAAAGAAGAUAAGAAAGGGAGUCAACAGCAGCACGUGGAAACUGAUCAAAGAAAACCAAAGGUAGACCCUAAAGAAUGUAAAAAGCAGAAAGUUGAACCUGAACAGGAGGAAGAACCAAAAGAGGAUCAUGGGAAAGCUGGAGAGCAGCAGGUUGAGGUUGAAAAAGAAAAAGAAUCCGAAGAACACCAAGAAGAACCUGAACAGAAAACUGAAGAAGACACGGAUGAAGACCCUGCAGAGCACGAGCAGCUUAUCACUGAUAAAGUAAAAGAAGGCAAACCUGACGGCGAUUUCCCAGAAGCCACCGGCCGAGAAUCUCCAAGGUCACCGCUGGCCACAUUUGAUGACGACCAUGACCUUGAUGAAACAGCAGAACACGAGAAGCUUAUCAUUGACAAAGACAACCAGGACGACAAUUUCCUAGAGGUCACAGGGCGAGAAUCUCCAAGGGCACCACUAGCCACGUUUGAUGAUGACCACGACCUUGAUGAGUUUAUGGAUAUGCUGCAAGAAACAGUUUUGUAAGCGGCAGCACUGCUUUCUCGAGUCCUUCUCCAGAUGACCACUUAAAGCAAGCCAUUACCUUUAAGCAGCUUUCCUUCAAUUAUGACUAAAAUUAUAGAAACACUAAGAAACAUCGGUGAAAUUAACUGUUGUAUUAUUGAAAAGAUAGGUGACAUUUCGGUUCAAUCGAUGUCAGAUUUAGUACGACUCGAGGUGUAUAGAAGUGUUCACUCCAUUUCUACCGCUCUAAAAAACCCUCUGAGCAGAUAAUAAAGUAAGAUAUUAAAUGAUUUAUUAAGAACAAGUUAAAUUUGUCCAAAAAUUGCUUAUAUCUGGAGAUUAUAGAAAAGCUUAAUGAUUGUGACACAUCUAUCCAGUCAUCACUUGUUCGAUGCUGUCAGUUGGUGCCUUCGUUGCAAGACAAUGUUAAGCUAUCGUAUUUACCCCAUUGCACAUAUAUACUAAGUGCACAGGUCAGAUAAUGCAUGUGUAUCUGGCUCAUUAUUUACUCGAAUUUGUUGUUAUUAUCUAAAACUUUAGCUGGAGGUAAGAGAAAGUUUAAAUAACUAUUAUUUAUUACUCACCAUUAGUUCGAUGCUAUAUCUGCACGUCAUUUAGUAGGUGGCUUCUUUGUAUACGAAGAUAGAGCCUUUAAUCGUAUUUA